CAGCAUGGACGCCCGGUUGGUCUGCAGCACUCUGCUGUUGUCUCUUAUAGGAGCAACUCUCGGCUCCGGAGACGACGGCUGGUCCAUGAAGGUGCACUCGGAGGUGCGAGGCAUCGAGGGCUACCCGGUGGUGCUGCCCUGCACCUUCAGCCACCCCCAGCACUCGCAGCACUCCUCCCUGCAAGUGUUGUGGCGUCUGGGCCACGGCGUCGGCGCCACCGUCCUGUACCGCUGCACCAGCCGGCCCGGAACCCCCACCUGUGAGCCGGGCCCGCAGCAGGACCAACGCUACCGUCUGGAGGGGAACCCGCGUGAGCACGACCUGUCGCUGCGCAUCAACGGCGCCACCCUGCAGGACAGCGGGCGCUACUACUGCCGGGUGGAGGUUCAGGGCCGAGAGCACGUCAGCUUCGAGGACAAGAUGGGGACCAGGCUCAGAGUGGAGGCUCCUCCAAAGAUCCUGGCCCUGGCCGUGGAGGGCAGUGAGCAGUCCGGCUACACAGCUCUGUGCCGGGUUCAGGGCUCCCCGCUGCCCGACGUCCAGUGGCUCGGCCCGGACGAGCUUCUGGAAGGUUCUCUGGUCGGGCCUCUUUCUCAGGGCUCCGCCACUCACUUCCACACCGUCAGCCAGCUGAGGGACGUGGAGCCGGGGCAGCAGUACACCUGCAGCGCCUCCAACCCGCUGGGCAAAGAGCAGGCCACCCUGUACGUCCUGCCUCCCCGGCCCCCCAUGUCCAUGACCGGAGCCUCGCCUCCACUGCUUCUCCUCCUGUCGCUGUCUCUGGGUGCCAAAGUCCUGCUGCUGGUGGGGAUGGGCGUUUGGGUGGUGCAGGGUGGAGCUCUGCAGGGAGUCAGCUGUUGGGCCAAAUAACCUGCAACACUUAUAUCUAUAUAUAUGUAACAUAAUCCAUGUGUGGAUUAGGACAGAAUGUCAUGUCGCUGUGAGCUGAUCUAAAUGCUUGUUCGUGUGUGUAAUGAUAGAAAUAUAUUUUCAUACGCUCAGAAAAAUAAAAUCUCUCUGGUUCUUCAAAGCAUCACCACCAUUUGAAGAACGUCUUCAUUUAGGAGGUUCUUCUUGUACUUCAUGUGGUUCUUUAAAGCACUAAAGGUUAUUUGAUUUGGUGGCAGACAUUAGCAUAAAAUUAAAGAUGCAACUAGCAAUUAUUUUCAUUAGUGUUCCAUCAUUUGGUCAAUAAAAUGUCAUGAAACAGUGAAACAUGUCCGUCGCAGUUUAUUGUGUAACUUUUUGUUCUGUCUGAUCAACAGUCUAAAACCCCAAAUAACAAACGUAAGGACCCCAGAAAUUCAUACUUUUGAUUAAACGACCUAAAAGAUUCUCAAGACCGGCUGCAAAAACUCAACCAGGUGAGAGCUAUUUUGAAAAUGAUUCCUUAAAGAACCUAUUUUUUUUUUAAAGGUUCUUUGGAGCACUAUAUCUAUGGUUCCAUAAAGGAGCCAUUUGUUGUUUGAGGCACCUUUGGGGGUUCAUUGAAGAACCGUUUGAAGACAGAACAUCUUUCUGGAAAUGGUUUUAUGGCGUCACUUUGAAGAACCAUGUGUGUUUCCAGUUGACACUUUUGUUUUUCUGAUGUAGAGAAGAAGCAUUUAGAAUAAAAGCCGUACAUUAAUAAACACUUAUAAUGUCCUAA